AUGACACCCUCAGGAAGAAUGCAUUUACUGAGAUCACACCGUCGUAUUUCAGAUUCUACAAAAGUACUUACAAAACAGUUGGGUUCGGUUAAUAUUCCCAUUAAUCAGAAGGUAAGUAUUUUCGAGGUGCAAUCCGGAGGAAUGGAUAAAAUCGGUUUUAUCAAAAAGGAUAUGUACAAUCUUGAAUGUAGUGUGAAUGGGAAGCUGAGGAACCACGAUGUUGAACUAGUGACCGAGUAUUUUAUGGCUGAACAGAAAAAAAAUGAGGCUUUUUAUUUCAAGAUUGAGGGAGAUGGCGAUAACAGGUUUAGUCGAUGUUUUUGGGCAGAUGCAACUUCUAGACGGGCGUACGGGUUUUAUGGAGAUGUUGUUGUAUUCGAUACCACAUUCAACACGAAUAGAUACGACUUGACAUUUGCACCAAUGUUGGGAGUUAAUAACCAUGGUCAAACAAUUGUCCUAGCAUGCGCAUUUUUGAGCAAGGAAACGACUGAGUCGUUUAUUUGGAUGUUUGAGGAGUUUAAGAAAGCCAUGCCAGGUGGCGAACCUAAAACGAUCAUCACAGAUCAAGAUGCGGCAAUGAGCAGAGCGAUUUCAAUAGCCUUCCCGACUACAUUUCAUCGACUUUGCAUAUGGCACAUCACAUCAAAGUUCUCUGUUAAGUUACCACAUUCUGCUUAUAAGGAGUAUUGGGGUGAAUUCCAGAAAGCCAUAUGGGAUACUGACAAUAAGGAUGAGUUUGAUGCAAAAUGGAAUAUUGUGGUUACAAAGGCUGGUUUGACUGACCAUCCAUGGCUAAGUUCAAUGUUUGAUUUAAGGGAAUCUUGGGUUCCAGCCUACGCACGACACUUUUUUGCCGCUGGAAUGUCAAGCAGCCAAAGAGCUGAAUGUUCUCAUGGUUUCUUCAAGCAAUACAUAUCAAGGAAAAAUUCGUUGAUGGAUUUCAUAAUAAGAUUUGAGAGGGCACUUUCUCAUCAACGUCAAAAAGAGUUAGUUGCUGAUCACGUAGAUGCAUUUGAAGUGGCUCAAUGUAUUCUACCGAUGCCAAUGAACAAACAAAUGGCUACCUUGUACACAAGGACAAUGUUUCAAAAGUUUGAGCAAGAACUAAUACAAAGUACAACAUGUUUCCUAGAGCUGAAAACAGAGGAUGCUUCUAAAGUUGUCUUUAAUGUGAGCGAAAGGAAAAAUUGGGAAACAAGAGUGGCAGAAGUCGUAUAUGUCAAAGAUUCUGACCACGCAUCGUGUAGCUGCAAAAGAUUUGAAUUUGUUGGAAUUAUUUGCAAGCACAUCCUAGCAUUGUUUAGAAGGGACCAGAUUGAAUAUAUGUCCGAUAAAUACAUUUUGAAGAGGUGGAAGAAAACUGCGAAAUUUGGAUUGGUGUCAGAUGCAAAUGGCAACGAAAUUAAAGACUCUGCAGAUCCUGGUCUUUUAAUAAAGCGGAGUACAAUGUCCCGACUUGCUUCAGAUGUGGUUGAGGAUGCAUUAAUGUGUGAAGAAGGAUGUGAGCUACUGUCAGAGACUCUAAAAAGUUUGCAGGUGAAGUUGAAGUUGUUGAAGGAUGGACCAAGUAAUAACGAAAUUGGAGGGUCCAGCUCUCAAACACAAUAUAUGAAAGACCCUAAGAGAGUAAGGUGCAAUGGAGGGUCGAAACGAGUAACGGGAGCAAAGAAAAGGCAAUGA